CUGAUUAUAAAUGUGCAUCUAAAAAAUUUGACGUUGAUGACGAUUUGAAAAAGAUGUUAAUUGAAAAUAAAUAUCAAUUGCCAUGGAUUCCUUAUGAUAAAUUUUCAAAUUUUAAAGAAAUAGGGAAAGGUGGAUUUGCUACUGUGUACAGUGCGACAUGGGAUUAUGAACGGUAUCAUUCAAUUCCUGUUGCACACAAAAUAAUUGAUUCAAAUGAUUGCAAAGAAUUUAUUCAAGAGGUAAUUAAUGAUGACGAAAUGUAUAGGUUUCUGCCUAAAAUUAUUCUUAUAAGACCUAGAUUGAUUCCAAGACACUCGUACGUAAGAAAAUUCAUUGAAACAGCUAAAAUUAUCACCAGCCAUUUGAACUCUAAUCAUUCACGAGAUAUGCUGGAUUCCG